GCUACUUUCCAUUGUAACGACUGUCCCGUUGACAGGCCCCAAGCAAUCAUGCGUCUUGUCUUGAGCAUCGAAGUCAUAGAGUUUGAGGUACAGUGUAGACGAGCGGCGUACUGGUAUUCUGAUCGUCCCGUCGGUCUGCGUGUCCUGAUAGCAAAGAUUAAUUCCACUAUCAGCCUGAGAAGGAGGCCACGCGAGUCUCCAGUCCACCGGAAUUGCCACCGCCCACGACGCAUGGAGACGCGCAGAUCCCAUCCUGCAAUGCUACUUAUCUCGGACGGUAUCGUCUCUGCGUUCGGAAUCUCCGAGUCCACGAGAUCUAUGAGAUUGGGAGGGCUUCGCGUGCAGGCUCUAAACGCAGGCGAUCUGCGAAGUGUGCCCGAGGGAAUAGACGUGAUGUGUUUAUCGGUAUCCUUUAUGGGCACUGAUCCGAACCUCUUGCAUUGCCGACGAGCGGCGCAACGGCAUACCAUUGUAUCGGAAGCUGAUGUCUUCGACGCUAUAUGCCAUCUUUUGAGACAGUAUCCGUUGCGGAUCAUACGCAUUGGUGGGAAGCGAAUGAGCGUACAGCGAUUGGUGUUGACCAAAGGAAAAGCUGUACGCUUGGCUGUCAUUAUUGGCACGUCAAUAAAACACGUAUUUCUGAAUGAAAUUGCGUAAAUGUCUGUCGGCACAUCAAGGCGUAUACCGUUGCAUGUGUUGAGUAAAUGAUAAGCGAGGAGCUAAGGCUUUGCCAUAAUGAGGGCCCCCGGCUCAACGAGCCGGUCAGCGAGCAGACGCAUUUUGAUCCUCCGGUAUAUUACGCUAUUUUAGAAGCAGACACAUAGAAAGAAAUUCGGCAGUGACGCACAUGGUGUCCUGUCUUGACGAUGAGCGAGGAACAUGGAUGAGUCAGCUGCAGGCGUUCAGUAGGAUAUCCAAAUACGGGUUCUUCGGAUACUGCCGGUGCCA